AUUCAGACUGCUACAAUCACCUUCCGCAGAUAGGGGGAGAAACUCUUCAUUUUUUUUAAAGUGCUGACCCGUUUUUCUCCACCACCCCAUUUUUUUUGGGGGGGAGGGGAAGUAUACAUCACCAGUCAUGGAGGUCAGCAUGGAGCCAGCUGACAACAUGGCUGCGGCCGCCAAUGCUGCCCAGGAUGAACUGAAUCAGCUUGAACGUGUCUUCUUACGUCUUGGCCAUGCAGAAACAGAUGAGCAAUUGCAGAAUAUUAUAUCCAAAUUCCUACCUCCUGUUCUUCUGAAACUUUCCAGUACGCAGGAAGGAGUACGAAAAAAGGUUAUGGAAUUGUUAGUUCACCUGAACAAACGUAUCAAAAGUCGUCCCAAAAUCCAACUGCCGGUGGAGACUUUACUAGUUCAGUACCAAGAUCCUGCUGCAGUGUCCUUUGUCACAAAUUUUACAAUAAUAUAUGUUAAAAUGGGUUACCCUCGUUUACCUGUGGAAAAGCAAUGUGAGCUGGCUCCCACUCUCCUUACUGCAAUGGAAGGAAAACCUCAACCCCAACAAGACAGCCUAAUGCACCUUCUAAUACCAACCCUUUUUCACAUGAAAUAUCCUGUUGAACCUCUGAAAGCAGCUUCUCCAUUUAAUCUUGCUGAAAAACCAAAGACUGUGCAGCUGCUCUUGGAUUUUAUGCUGGAUGUUCUCCUUAUGCCAUAUGGAUAUGUAUUGAAUGAAUCCCAGAGUCGCCAGAGUACACCAACAGGACAGGGCUCCUCUUCAUCAAGUAGUUCUGGAGGUUCUGGGAUCCCUCAGCCUCCUCCAGGGAUGAGCUUUUAUGCAGCCAGGCGGGUAAUUGGAGACAGUCCAUGGACACCUGAACAGUUGGAACAGUGUAAAUUGGGCAUUGUGAAAUUUAUUGAAGCUGAGCAGGUGCCUGAACUUGAAGCUGUAAUACACCUGGUCAUUGCUUCCAGCGACACACGUCACAGUGUAGCCACUGCAGCAGAUCUUGAACUCAAAAGCAAGCAAAGUUUAAUAGACUGGAACAAUCCAGUCAUCAUCAACAAGCUAUAUAAAGUGUACCUUGGGGACAUACCACUGAAAACCAAGGAGGGAGCAGUUCUGAAGCCAGAAUUAAAACGUGAUCCAGUCAGCACACGGGUUAAAUUAAAGAUAAUCCCUCAUCUUCUGCGCUCUAGGCAAGCUGCAGAAACGUUUCCUGCAAAUAUUCAGGUGGUCUAUGAUGGACUUUUUGGUGCAAAUACCAAUGCAAAACUGAGAACCUUGUCUCUUCAAUUUGUGCAUCAUAUUUGUGUAAUUUGCCCCGACAGUAAGAUAAAGCCACUAGGCCCAAUGCUUCUGAAUGGACUGACAAAACUGAUUAACGAAUAUAAAGAGGACCCCAAAUUGUUGUCAGUGGCCUAUUCAGCUGUUGGAAAACUCUCCAGCCGAAUACCUCAGCUGUUCACCAAGGACCUGGCAUUAGUCCAACAGUUUUUUGAAGCUCUUUCUAAGGAAGAUCCUGAUACCAGGCUUGCUAUUCAAGAGGCCUUGUCCAUGAUGGUUGGAGCAUACACCAGUUUAGAAGGAGCCCCACGUACUCUUAUGGAGGCGCUUGUGGCCUCAAACCUAAUUAAGCCUCAAGUCCAAGUACGCCAGGUGGCUGUAAAGUUUGCCAGCACAGUGUUCCCUUCAGAUCACAUUCCUUCAAGAUAUUUACUGCUUUUAGCUGCAGGAGACCCACGGGAAGAAGUACAUGGAGAAGCACAACGGGUGCUUAGAAUGUUUCCUGGUAAAAAUGAAAAGGAAAGUGGUGAUAAACAAAUGCCUUCCUUCCCAGAAAUGGUCCAGUAUAUUCAAGAAAAGGCUUCUCACAGAAUGAAAACUCCUGCUAAAUAUAUGACUGGAACUACAGUUAUGCCUUUCAACCCAGCUACUUUUGGAGAGAUAGUCCUGUACCUUCGUAUGUGUCUUGCUCACAGUGCUGGUGUGGUGCCCACCUCUCAGAGCUUAGCCGAAAUGCAAGAUCAUGCUCCAGCAAUUGGCCGUUACAUAAGAAACCUCCUGUCUGGACAUGUUAUAACAUCCUCUUCGUCAAAGGGUGGUGAAAGCAACCCUGUGCAGAUCUACAUAAGUCUUCUUCAGCAGCUGCUCUCUGGUGUUGGAGCGACACCGGAAGUGGCAUCACUUCCAGUAUUGCAGGAUUUCGGCAGCUGCACCGCUCAUUCUUCCAUCUUUCCUCCUUUCGGGUUCGGUGUGGGUUUGCCAGUCAUGUACUGUCUGUUGGAGGUGGUUUCAGUCUAUCCUGAAAAAUUAGCUGCAAGAUUUGUAGACAAAAUGGAUUGGAUAAAGAGCCUUAUGAAUACUAAUAAGGAAGAAAUGCGGGAGCUGGCUGCUUUGUUUUAUUCAGUAGUGUUGUCAACAGUGUCAGAAAAUGAAUUUAAAACUUCUGUUCAGCACCUGAUAAAAACAGCAAAAGACAAUCACAAUCUGGAAAUGCAACAUGGAUCAUUGAUGGCUCUAGGAUUCACAGUAGGACGGUAUUUGUCAAAGAGAAAAACUAGGAUGGUAGAACUGCAUAACUUAGGAGAUCCAAAUACGAUUGUUGCUCCAGAACAAGACCAGUUGAUAAAGUCAACAACGGAAACUAUAGGUUCCUUUUUGGAUAGUACCUCCCCACUUUUGGCAGUAGCAGCUUGUACAGCACUGGGGGAAAUAGGGAGGAAUGCCCCUCUCCCCAUCCCCAAUGAAGGCACUGGAUUUACAAAACUCCAUCUUGUUGAAAGUUUACUAGCCAGAAUCCCUUCAGGCAAGGAAACCAAUAAGAUGAAAGAACGAGCUACACAAACACUAGGUUACUUUCCAGUAGGAGAUGGAAACUUCCCCCACCAGAAGCUACUCUUACAAGGAUUAAUGGAUUCCGUAGAGGCCAAGCAAAUUGAACUGCAGUUUACUGUUGGUGAAGCUAUUACUAGUGCUGCAAUAGGAACCAGCUCUGUAGCAGCGCGUGAUGCAUGGAUGGUAACUGAAGAAGAGUACACUCCUCCUGCUGAUGUGAAAGUUAAUGAUGUGGUCCCCUGGGUCUUGGAUGUCAUUUUGCAUAAACACAUUGUCAGCCCCAAUCCUCAUGUAAGGCAAGCAUCCUGCAUCUGGCUUUUGUCACUGGUGAAGAAGCUCAGCACCCACAAAGAAAUUAAGUCUCAUCUCAAAGAAAUACAAACUUCAUUUGUAUCCAUUCUGUCCGACAGUGAUGAACUCAGUCAAGAUGUUGCUUCUAAAGGCCUUGGUUUGAUAUACGAACUUGGUAGUGAACAAGAUCAACAGGAGCUGGUUACUACUCUUGUUGAAGCUCUUAUGACCGGGAAAAGAGUUAAGCAUGAAGUGACUGGGGAAACAGUGAUGUUCCAGGGAUCAGGCCUUGGCAAGACUCCAGAUGGCCAGGGUCUUUCUACUUACCAGGAGCUUUGUUCGCUUGCUAGUGACCUCAAUCAGCCAGACUUGGUGUACAAGUUCAUGAAUUUGGCCAAUCAUCAUGCAAUGUGGAACUCUCGGAAGGGAGCAGCUUUUGGUUUUAAUGUGAUUGCUACCAAAGCUGGAGAGCAGCUGGCUCCUUUUCUUCCUCAGCUGCUUCCUCGUCUCUAUCGAUACCAGUUUGACCCCAAUCUUGGGAUUCGGCAGGCUAUGACCAGCAUUUGGAAUGCGCUAGCGACAGACAAAUCUGCAGUGGACAAAUAUAUGAAAGAAAUCCUUGAUGAUUUAUUAAGCAACCUGACCAGCAGCAUGUGGCGGAUCCGAGAGUCCAGCUGUCUAGCACUGAAUGACCUGCUAAGAGGAAGACCCUUGGACGACAUUAUUCAUAAGCUUCCAGAAAUAUGGGAAACUCUCUUUAGAGUACAAGAUGACAUAAAGGAAUCUGUACGAAAGGCAGCAGAGUUAGCCCUUAAAACAUUAAGUAAGGUGUGUGUGAAGAUGUGUGACCCUUCAAAAGGAGCAGCAGGCCAGAGAACAAUAGCUGUACUGUUGCCAUGCCUUCUUGAUAAAGGAAUGAUGAAUACAGUGACUGAAGUGCGAACCCUCAGCAUUAACACUCUGGUGAAGAUCAGUAAAAGUGCUGGGGCCAUGCUCAAACCACAUGCACCCAAACUCAUCCCAGCUUUGUUAGAGUCUCUGAGUGUGCUGGAGCCCCAGGUACUCAAUUACUUGAGUCUACGCGCUACGGAACAGGAGAAGGCUGCGAUGGAUAGUGCAAGACUCAGUGCUGCUAAAUCCUCCCCCAUGAUGGAAACUAUCAAUAUGUGCCUACAGUAUUUGGAUGUUUCUGUUCUGGGUGAACUGGUUCCUAGGCUGUGCGAGCUGACUAGGAGUGGAGUAGGCAUCGGCACUAAGGGUGGUUGUGCUAGUGUAAUUGUAUCACUAACCACACAGUGUCCCCAAGACCUGACACCAUAUUCAGGCAAGCUCAUGAGUGCUUUGCUGAGUGGCCUAACUGAUCGCAACACUGUGGUGCAAAAAACUUUUGCAUUUGCGAUGGGACAUCUAGUUCGGACCUCACGGGAUAGCAGCACUGACAAAUUGCUACAGAAGCUGAACAGCUGGUACAUGGAGAAAGAAGAACAAGUCUAUAAAAUGGCCUGUGCAUUAACUGUCCAUGCUAUUGGGCGCUACAGCCCAGAUGUACUAAAGAAUCAAGCCAAGCAUGUCUUGCCCCUGGCCUUCCUGGGCAUGCAUGAGCUUCCUGAAGAAGAAAAAGAAGAGAAGGAGGAUGGCAACCUGUGGACUGAAGUCUGGCAGGAAAAUGUGCCCGGUACCUAUGGUGGCAUAAGGCUCUAUAUGGAGGAAUUGAUAGGAAUCACUCAGAAAGCUUUGCAGUCCCAGUCUUGGAAGAUGAAAGCUCAGGGAGCAGCUGCCAUGGCGUCUAUAGCAAAACAAACUGGCUCCUUGGUCCCUCCCCACUUGGGCAUGGUGCUCACUGCUCUGUUGCAAGGCCUGUCUGGGAGAACAUGGACAGGAAAGGAGGAGUUAUUGAAAGCUAUUGCCAGUGUCGCCUGUUCAUGCAGCACAGAGUUGCACAAGCCAGUGCACAACCAGCCCAGUAUGGAUGACAUUCUUCAGGCUAUGCUUAAGGAAUGCCGCAAAGAGAAUCUCAGGUACAAGAUUGUGGCUCUCCGGUGCACGGCAGAUGUGCUGAAGACCACGCAGGAAAAUCGGUUCCAGGAGCUGACAGACAUCAUAUUUCCAAUAAUAAAGAAGAAUUGUCCUGAGAACAUGGGAACCAGUUCACCCCAGGACAAUGAUGAGGACGAGAAUGAAUAUGAAAAGGAGCUCCAGAUGGAAUCUCUCCUCUGUGCCUUUGAGAGUUUGGGCAAAGCAUGGCCUACAAAUGCAGAAACACAAUGCUGCUAUCAACAAGAGCUGUGCAAACUAAUGUGUGAGCGGCUGAAACUCAGUACAUGGAAAGUACAGCUUGGAGUGCUCCAAGCUAUGAAGGCUUACUUUCAAGGGUUGCUGUUGCUUGAAGCAGAACACUCGGAUCCUGAGACUUUGACAAGAAUACUGUUAGAAACCUGUUCCUCUAUUACCCAUUCUCUAGAGAAUAGAAGCUACACCUCCAUAAGGACGGAAGCCUUGUCAGUGAUAGAACUACUGCUUACAAAACUUGAAGAGUCGAAACAGUGGGAAAGCCUGAGUGCAGAAAGCAGAGAACUCCUCACUGGCUCAUUAACAGCCCUGAUGCUGGAUAGCAGGCCGGAGCUACAAGAGAAAGCAACUUUGUUAAAGAAAACCUUAGAAAAUCUUGAAUGAACUGACAACCAACCAAGUGCCAUGCAAAACAAAGCAAGGAGAAAUAGAAGAGCACAGUGAGCUCUGAAUACAGGAGAGGAAAAGUAAAGACGACUUUGUAGCAUGCAUCAUUCCUUGGCUAAAAUAAAGAACACCUUGAAUUCUG